GAGGAAAAGCAAAGUCCUUUGGCAGGUCGCUAGCGCCGCACGAUUUUCGCGGAGAGCAUCUGCCCCGUCGACGGCGGGUUGAAAUUAUCCGCACUUGCGCAUCGGAUUGCUGGCUGCCUAUCCAUGCAGGAGCGGGCGGGCUAGCGAACGAGCGAGCAGGAGUAUGUAAUCUUUGGCUGCAGCGCUUGCCCACACGCGCCGUGCUCCGUGCGAGCGAGUUCUCCUUUCCAGCGCAGCAGUCAGUAGCAAGAAGAGAUUUUGCAGAGCUCGCAGGGAUGCGCCUCACCUCGUUCCAACCGUAGUCCGCCGCAGGAAGGAAGAGCAGGCAACCCCCGCGAAAUAAGGGAAAAGGGCGCGCCUGCCUGCCCGCUGUGUGUGUUAUCGGCUGCGCUGAGAAGGGUGGCGUCGAGAGGCGCGAUGUGUGCCCCCUGCCCCUUGCGUCCCGACCCUCGGCCCUGAACAGAGAGCGAUGAGCUGCCCGCUGGUGCUGCUGGUGGCGGCCGCCCUCGCCGUCGCCCUCGCUCACGGGGUGCCUCUCACCACCACCAGGGUGGUGCACACCCGCUACGGAAAGCUGCAGGGCUUCGUCCAGAAGGUCUCCACAGGGUCCUUUGCCUCACAGUCGCUCAAGCCCGUUGAGGUGUUCCUUGGAAUCCCUUACGCGACACCGCCCGUCCGGUCCAACAGAUUCAGCCCCACGCGGACGCCUCUGCCCUGGGAUGGCGUCAAGUUGGCGGACACGAUGGCCCCGGCGUGUCCGCAACGUCUGCCAGACAUCUCGAACGAAACGGCCAGUUUGGAGAAAAUGCCUAAGGGUCGGCUCGAGUACCUCCGGAGGCUGCUCACAUACCUUCAGAACCAAAGCGAAGACUGUCUCUACCUCAACGUCUACGCUCCAGCUCAGGCCGUCGGCCCCCCAGAGAUGAUGGAGCGCUACCCGGUGAUGGUCUACAUCCACGGCGAGUCCUUCGAGUGGAACUCGGGCAACCCGUACGACGGCUCGGUGCUUGCCAGCUACACGGACGUCGUCGUGGUCACCCUCAAUUAUAGACUCGGCGUGCUGGGCUUCCUGAACGCCAACAGCGCGCCGCACGUGAAGGCCCGAGUGGCCAACUACGGCCUGAUGGACCAGAUAGCCGCGCUCCACUGGAUCCAGCAAAAUAUUGCCCUCUUUGGCGGCGAUCCAGGCAACGUGACCCUCUUCGGCCACGGCACCGGCGCCGCCUGCAUAAAUUUCCUCAUGAUCUCGCCGACCGUGAUGCCAGGCCUAUUCCACCGAGCAAUCCUGCUGUCAGGGUCGGCCCUGAGCAGCUGGGCGUUGGUGGAGCAGCCAUCAGUGUACGCUCAAAAACUGGCGCACCAACUGAACUGCUCGCUGCCGGAGGACUCGCGUCGCGACCACGAACGCAUCGUCGACUGCCUGCGCGCGGCGCCGCUGGACGCACUGCUCAGGGCGGACCUGACGCCGCCCGCGUUCACCAGUGCCUUCGGUCCGUCCGUCGACGGCGUCGUCAUCCGACCCGGCUACCGUCGCGAACUCAUUGCCGGCCAGAAGAGACGCAGCUCGGGCGGCUCGUCGGCCUCCGCCUCUUCCUCCUCAGGUGUGAUGAGCGACUCGAGCACGUCGACGAGCGUGUCGAACCGCAACUACGACCUGCUCUUCGGAGUGGUCACCAGCGAGGCCCUCUUCCACUUUUCAGCGCGCGACGUGCAGGCCGGCUUCGAGGGCGAGCGGAGGGACAAGAUUUUCCGGACCUACGUUCGCAACACCUACAACUACCACCUGAACGAGAUUUUCUUCACGGUGGUGAACGAAUACACCGACUGGGAGCGGACGGUGCAGCACCCGAUCAACACCCGCGACGCGACCAUCGCGGCCCUCAGCGACGCGCAGUACGUCGCGCCCGUUGUGCACACCGGCGACCUGCUCUCGCGCGUCGGCUCCUCGCAUAACAGCCCUAAGUGCUUCUUCUACGUCUUUGACUAUCAGACAAAGGACGGCGAUUACCCACAGCGGAUGGGCACGGUUCACGGCGAAGAGUUGCCCUACGUGUUCGGCGCGCCGUUAGUCGACGGCUUCAGCCACUUCCCGCGAAACUACACCCGCUCCGAGGUUUCCCUCUCCGAGGCUGUGAUGCUCUUCUGGGCCAGUUUCGCACGCACAGGAGACCCCAACGAACACAUGAAAAACGAGGCGAUUCUUUCUGGCUCCAAGGAGAGAAACCGCUUCCGCAACAUUGUCUGGGAGGAGUACGAUGCUGUGCAUCAAAAAUAUUUGGAAAUAGGUAUGAAACCACGCACGAAGAACCACUUCCGGGCGCACCAGUUGUCCGUCUGGUUGCGACUGGUGCCUGAACUGCACAGGGCGGGCAUGGAGGACGUUUCCAGCCGCCACAAUCUCUUCCGCAACCACAACGACCCAGACAUUUACGACGGCUCAGUGCGCGCCCUGGACGCAAUCUACUAUGGCACCCUGGACGUGGAUUACAGCACCUCAGGGCCAGGGCGGCGGGGUAACGACACGGCCCUUGCGCCCAGUGGUGAACCCAUGCUGACCACGUGCGUCAGCAUCAUCGCCGCCCCCACCACCGCCUCCGGGCUGCUGGCCGGACGCAACCAGACGGACGCCAUGGCCAGUCUGGAGGCCAUGCCCGGCUACGGCGCCUACUCCACGGCCCUCAGCGUCACCAUCGCCAUCGGCUGCUCCCUGCUCAUCCUCAACGUGCUCAUUUUUGCUGGCGUUUAUUACCAAAGGGACAAGCACCGGCUGGAGGUGAAAAACAUGCAGGAGCAGCAGCGCGGCGGCGUCGCCAGUUUCGCCGGCGACAAAAUCCACCUGGAGGCGAUGGACGACAACCCGAUCACCACCACCGUCAUCCUGAACGCGCCGACCACUACCCUGAGUCCGGCCGGCGGCAUCCUCAUGAACCAGCAGGGCUCGCCAACCUCCAAGGGCAGACACAUGAGCAACAAGUACCACACCCUGCACUACAUGCAGCACCUGGACAAGGCGCACCACGCCGCCGCCCCUCCCACUGCCACCGCCAUCACCAUCCUUGACCAUCAACAACAUAUCAUCACCCGAAAUCAGUCUCCCGCACGCUGCAUGUGUUCGCAGGUGCCGCAGUCAAUGCUGAUGGAACACUCGACGUUCCUGUGCCGGCCGCCGGAACACGCGACGGCCACGCCGCCCAACGGCUCCAUGGUCCACCUGAACGUGCCGCGGCCGCCGCCGCCACCCCGCGUCGAGGCCAGCCACCUGGCCACCCUGCCGCGGCACAAACCCGCCUCCGGGGGCGGCGACAGCGACAAGUGCAGUGGCGGCGGACUGCCCCCGCAGGCCGACGUCCGAGUCUGACGCUCCGGUGCAGUCUGCUGCCAGUGUGACCAAGGAACCCCCCUGACCCCUCUGCCGGACAAUCGCCGCCGCGCUAGUCUCAAAUACCCCUCUCGAGUUAUGUAUAACUAAGGAGAAAAAGUCAGUUAACUUCUAUAGCCCUCAGGUUCUUUAAACGCGCAAAGGGACAGCGAGUGCGGAGUUUGUGAGCAAUUCGGAAAGCUAGCACGAUGUUCUUCUUUUUCAAGCACACUUUCCAUUUAAAGUAAUUUUUUUCAAAGGCUGAUGAUGAUUUUUUAAAGACAAGACCGGUAAAUUUUUUAACAUUUUCUUUGCUGAAAUUUGACCAAAUUUUAUGUCCAACGUAAUAAAAUCGUAUCAUUAAUUAAACUCCAAACCAUGAUUGCAGGUAAAACUUUUCUCCACAAAUAAAUUUGAAUUGAAUUUCAAAAUCUUAAAUUCCGGGCACUUUAUCUUUUGAUGGGAAGGUAAGCAAAUUUUUCUUUGAUUGUUCAAUUAAAAAAAAAAAAAAUUUACUGGUAUGGGUCUUUAAUUAUUAAUUCUGAUUAAAUUGGACUGAUGAUUGAAAUUUAUAAUUUUUUAGUAGACUAAAGACUACUAAUUAUUGUGAUAGUUAAGGUGGAAUGAGUGAGGUGGCCUAGUGCAAAAUAUGCAACGUAGGUUUUAAAUGAUAAAUAAAAUUUGCAAUCAUUAAAUUCUCGUAAAUCUUCCGACUUUCAUUUGAUUUGUAAGAUUCCGAUUCAAUUUAUUAGAGGAAGAAUUUUAUGCUUAUUUUUAAUUCAUUCCACCUUGAAAGCGUUUAUUUGAAAAAUUUGGCGCUCAUUUCCAUUCUGCACCUAAAAAAUAAAUUGUAAUUUCAAUCCUUCCAGUAUCACUUAGUCAUUAUAGUGUUAAAUGUUACACAUCAUAAAUGUAUCCAAUUUCCUUAGGAUCAAAGUGGUGCUCUUUAAUACGUACUUUAACCAAAAUAACGGCCUCUUGAUUGCCAGAAAAAUGUGCCAAAUUUUGCGACGCACCACUUUUCAAGUUGAUUUUUCGUAUGUUAGAUUUGAAUCGUAGUCGUAGUAGAUAAAAUUAUAGCGAAUUGAUUAUUAUUUUCGGUCCGAAUUGCGCACAAACUCCUCCUAUAAGCGAGCAGUUGUACUUUUUGUGAAGCGAGAAGAAACUCAACACACGCAAACUAUAAGAGAAACUGUUUUAAAUCGAGUGAAAAAAGUGAGCGAUAAAAAAUGAAGAAUUAUUCCGUACGUGUUUUGGUGCGAAAGAGUGAACACGAAAAGAUUACACACGAUCUGUACCGAAUAUGUUGUUGAAGUGUUACAUUUUAUAUAUGUAAAAAGAGAUGACAAUUUUUCUAUGAGAAAAUAACUAUAUUAAAAAAAGCAAGAGACACAUGAGGUAUAUACGUAGAUUUAAGAAAACUGAUACGCUCGAUCUUGCCAACACGCUAUACCGAAGAAGAAAAAAAAAAUAAGAAGAAGGAAGAAGAAAAGCCAUCCUUGUUUGGAGACAAUUAUUUAUUCUUGAUGUUACACACGCGCAGAUGAUGAGAAUAAAAAUUGAAAGAAAUCACUAUUAACGUUCUGCGACGCGUAUUUUUUUCGAGA